GCCCCUUCCCUCGCUCCGGUCGCCUAGGAACGCGACUCUAAAAUGGCGGCGGCUGCCGACGCUGCCGGCAGGCAGGCAGUAGAGAAACAGCUGAAGAUCUGUGGCUUCAAGAGGAAUGUGGAUGUCUUGGUGUUGUAUCUGGCUAGACAAGGACUAAGAAGUAUUCCAAGUCUGUCACUGUUUCGUAGGUUGAGGUAUUUGUGGAUUAACAACAAUAAGAUCCAAGAUUUAAGUUUCUUGGAGAAAAACUACUGUUUGACUGAGCUCUACCUCAACAACAAUGAACUCACAGAUAUAUCAGGUGCUCUGAAAAACUUGCAUUCAUUACAGAUUCUGUUGCUUCACAACAACCAGUUAAAACACCUUGGUGAAACGGUGAAGGAAUUAAAAGGAAUAAUAAGCUUGCGGACCCUAAACCUGUUUUACAACCCUCUGGCAUAUGAUGCAGGCUACCGUCUCUAUGUGAUACACAGCCUCCCCUCAGUACAGCUCCUGGACAGGAAGCCAGUUACACAAAGAGAAAGGGAGUUGGCAUUUUCUGUCUAUUACUGUGAAAGGUCCAGCGCUGUGGGGUCAAUUGCUUUCAGAAGGAGAGUGGACACGCUGCCAGGCACUGCCAUCAGGCACAGCAGGGGCCCUCGGCCAGACAGGAGACUGAUGGUGCCCCCAGGUUGGGAAUUCGGAAAUCACACAAAUAAAGUUCCAUUUGAGAACCCAGAAGAUGCUGUUUUACUACGGGCAAUGACAAGAUCUAUAAUGGAAUUUUCCUCUAUUGACUGGAACAAAAUACCCUCCUGUCAAGAAAGACGGCUUAAACACAAAGCAGAAGAAUCCCCUGAGAAGCUGACAAUCCAAUUUAGAUGACUUCUUUCUUCCUUAAGAAAAACACUGCUCCUCUGUCUAAAGUGGAUAGAAGCAUCUUACGUAAGUUACUAUCUCUAUAAUGCAACUACACUAAAACAUGCAGGUAAUUAAAUGAUCUUCCAGGAAAAAAAAAAUAGUAUUAGUGUAACAUUCUUUUAUCAUCAAAUCUAUAAUAUGUAGGGUCAACAAAUUAAGAAAUCAAAUGCUGACAGUGGUGAUGUUAUAAUAAAAAAUGUUUGAAAUGCAA